CUAGCAAAGAACACUCAUCUGCUAGACAGACCGCUCGUCUGGCUGUUCUUCACCCAAGCAGCCGAUAUCAUCAUCACGACGACUACACGUUUCAGAGAGGUGUCUCUAAAGUCCACAGCCUGCACAAAGGUAUCAUAACUGGUCAAAAUGAAUCUUGAGGCGCCCAAAGCUGAGAUCAAGUCGGCCACCCGUGUCAGCGGAGGCCCCGCCACCCCACGCAAGGGACCACCCAAGUUCAAGCAGAGGCAGACCCGUCAGUUCAAGAGCAAGCCUCCGAAGAAGGGAAUCCAGGGUUUUGGUGACGAUAUCCCUGGAAUGGAGGGCUUAGGCACAGACAUCACUGUCAUUUGCCCCUGGGAGGCCUUCAAUCACCUGGAGCUGCAUGAGCUGGCCCAGUACGGGAUCAUCUGAGCCUUUCUGCAUCUCCCUGAAAUCCUCUGGGGAUUACAGGCCAUGUCCAUGCACUUCAAACCAUCUGCCUCAGGCUCCAUCUGCUAACCUUGAAUGGAACUAUUCCAAACAAAAUACCAUAAUGAACCGUAACAAACACAAAAAAUGGAAAAAGAGAAAAAUAUCUACUAAAAAAUACCUUUCUGUCAUCUUUCUCUGGAUUCUUCUUCUGAUUCUGCAGUUCACACACACAACAUCUGCUCAUGUUUAGGAUCUUUUUAUUUGAUUCUCACAUCUUCACUAGAUCUGCACUGUCACUCUCAACUAACAGCAGCCUUUUCUCUCCUUUUGCUCUUUUCUACUUUCCUCUUCUUUUCUAUUCUUCUCACGAACCAAAACACGAAACUUACGCAAGCAAGGCAGCCUCAAGUUGAGUUUAAGUGACAAACCCGUGAAGUGGGUGGGUUCCCGUUUCACGUGCUUCGGUGCCUCUUUCGCCCUCUCAGAGGCUUGUCCAUCAACGCCGAACAUAUAAAAUACAAAACCUGAGUUCUGUAGAGACCGGACACCAGCAUGCCGUUGCUGAGCGUAAUCUUUCUGUCAUCAGAUAUCCCUCUUUUCCCUCUGUUUUGACCAACCUCAAAUUUUCUUCACUCAUAACAUGAUAAAGUCUGAUGCACGUGGGGAAUAGUUCCAUCUUUGCAACAUACCAGUGUGUGAUUUGGCAGGGCAGUAGUUUGAAUCAUUUGCCCACACUGACAACUCAUCUUAGCUGAUCAUCCUGUAAGCUUGUGUUAACGUUAGUUUCAUAUUUCUUCUUUGUAAAUCUCCCGUGUAUAUGUGAAAAAAAAAUGUAUGUUUAUUUCUCAUACUUUCACACGAACUUUGUGUUUAUAUUUGUGUUUUUAAGCUCGUUUUUUUUAGCUCUCUUUUGUUGUUAUCUUGUAGAUUAGAAUGUUUUACAUUUUUCCUCAUUGUCCUUCAUCUUUCAUCCAUCAUUACCCUUAUAUGUGUUUGAUUCCAUCAUUUUUUAAUCUCCAUUCUCCUCUUCAUCUUCAUUGAAAUGUCAUUCUGUUCAUGUUUAGACAGUUUAUAAAGUAUCGAACUCCUCAGUCAAACUUGUACUAAUGUGUUGUACACAUAAGAUCAAUGCAUGCACGCCUUUAGGUGCAUUUAGCUUUUCAACAUGUAAUGGAGUUUCUGUAGUCCUGAUUAUUUCAGCAGCAACAUUCUUCUAAUCAACAAGAUAAUAACAAAGAACUUGGUAACUUUUCCCUGGUGAUAUAAAGCCGGUGAUGGAAGAGUUGGUGGACUUUUCUUCAAAUUAUGUUUACAAUCGUGCACUGAGGGAUGGCAGAGGGAUGAGUGGGAUGGAUGUUUCAGUACACAAACAGGUGUGACGAGAUGUGUAAUGGGGCGUUGACCUCUC